GCUCUGUGUGUGGACUCGGAGGACUCUGAGGACGAGGACCGUGUCGGACUCAGUCUCAAACAUGUCCACGCUGCUGCUGGUUCUGCUCGGCCUGCUGUCCCUCAUCCUCUGCGUCCUCCGUGGCCGGAACAGAAGAGAGGACGAGCCUCCGCUGAUUAAAGGUUGGAUUCCGUACAUCGGGAAGGCUCUGGAGUUUGGAAGAGAUGCCUAUUCAUUUCUUGAAGAACAGAAGAAGAAGUUUGGAGACAUCUUUACCGUGCACAUAGCCGGUAAAUACAUGACCUUCAUCAUGAACCCUUUAAUGUAUCCAAGCAUCAUCAAACAUGGCCGGCAGCUGGACUUCCACGAGUUGUCCGAUAAGGUGGCGCCCUUGGUGUUCGGCUACCCCCCCGUCAUGAGCAGGAACUCACCCGGCCUGCACGAUGAGAUCAUCCGCACCUUCCAGUUGCUCCAGGGUGACAACCUCACAGCACUCACAGAGAGCAUGAUGGGUAACCUCAUGCUGGUGUUUCGUCAGGACCACCUGGCUGAGAGGCCGGGGGAGGAGGGCGGCUGGAAGAGUGGCAGCAUGUACGAGUUCUGUAACUCCGUCAUGUUCGAGGCCACCUUCCUCACCAUCUACGGGAAGCCAGUGUCUGCCAGCCGCCACAGCGAGAUGAGGACGCUGAGGGAGGACUUUGUCAGGUUUGACUCCAUGUUUCCACUGCUCAUCGCUCAGGUCCCCAUCAGGCUGCUGAGGCAGACCAAGGUGAUCCGCGAGAAGUUGAUCAACUACUUCCUGCCGCACAGGAUGUCGUGUUGGUCGAACACUUCACAGUUCAUCAAGAGACGAUCGGAGCUAUUGGACCAGUAUGACACUCUGAGGGACGUUGAUAAAGCAGCUCAUCACUUUGCCAUGCUCUGGGCAUCUGUCGGAAACACCAUCCCUGCCUCCUUCUGGGCCAUGUACUACCUGGUGAGUCACCCUGAGGCCCUGGAGGUCGUCCGCCAGGAGGUCUUAGACGUCCUGAACCUCAGCGGAGUCGAGUUCAACAGAGACAAAGACGUGACGCUCAGCAGAGAACAGCUAGAGAAGCUUCUGUAUCUGGAGAGCACCAUCAACGAGAGCCUCCGUCUGUCCUCGGCCUCCAUGAACAUGCGUGUUGCUCAGGAGGACUUCAGUCUGCGGCUGGACAGUGAGCGCUCAGUGGCCAUCAGGAAAGGAGACAUCAUCGCCCUCUACCCUCAGAGUCUGCACAUGGACCCCGAGAUCUACGAGGAGCCGCAGACGUUCCGGCUCGACCGCUACAUCCAGGACGGCAGAGAGAAGACAGACUUCUACAAGGACGGGCAGAAGCUCAAGUAUUACCGCAUGCCGUUCGGCUCUGGCUCCAGCAUGUGUCCCGGUCGAUACUUUGCGGUCAACGAGAUCAAACAGUUCCUGUGUCUCCUGCUGCUCUACUUCGACCUGCAGCUGGAGGAAGGUCAGAGCAGAGUCACUGUGGACUCUGGCAGAGCUGGACUGGGCAUCCUUUUGCCCUCCACAGACGUAUGCUUCCGCUACAGACUGCGUACAGUCUAGCCAGGACAGUGUCAGUGAUGGAAGUGUGUGUGUGUGUGUGUGUGUGUGUGUGUGUGUGUGUGUGUGUGUGUGUGUGUGUGUGUGUGACACACAGUAGAUGAUGUUUCUUCUGCUGCAACCUUGUCCCGUCAGAUUUUAUGAUACCAGUCUAUGUAAUGUGAAAACAAUGUGAACGUGGUCUCUUAUUUCAGCUCAACCUGACUGACUCGACUCAGUCUGACAUUAUUUGAUCUAACCUGACUCAACCUAAAUUUACACAACUCGAAUCAACUCAACCUGACUUUUACUGUAAAAUAAUACACAAGCAGCAUCAACAGAAUCAUCAAAAUCUGUCAGAUAAAGCACUUCAUGAUUUCUUCAGUUAUCAGCUUUAUCUAUUUUGGAAUAUUAACACAUACAUUUUCUUUAUUUCCAUUCAGUCAGCACCUCCUGUUAGCGUGCCCUGCUCUUGUGAGCACCUGAGUUUCAUAUAUUUAUGUUUGGCCCGAACAAUAAAAGACAACACAACACUU